GAAGUGUGGUUAGCUCGAUGGCGGUUGACAGUGUGUUUAUCAAAGACAGUCUAUAAAGUUUAUAAAUCAUUCUCGAAAUGGACAACACAUUAGAAACUAUUCGAGCAUCGUCGGAUGCGACGAUUCCAGAAGAUGUUUCUUAUUUGUAUGGACGAGAUCCAAGUAUUAUAGCCUAUGGGCAGCAACGUUAUAUUUCCAAAGAAUCGCAAAAGAAUUUGUAUUCACUUUACGAAGAAGAAGAAUCGACCGACGGCGAUGCCUUAUCGCCUACAAUUAAAGUUUAUCUGAGGAUGAAGCCCUUUCCUCGAAAGAUGCAAUUAACGAAGGACCAAAAAGAGGCUUACACGAUUGUCAAUUCGACGACGUUGUUCACAAAAUUGCCGAGUUUGGAGCACAACACGAGUUGCUUAAAAAGACCAAAAAGCUCGGACACGAUUUGUAAAAAAUUCACAUUCACUCAAACAUUUGUACCUGAAACUACACAGUCUGAAAUUUUCGAGCAGGCUGUUCGACCACAAAUGAUCAAUUUUCUGGCCGGGCAAAAUAGUUCCGUGAUGACCUAUGGCACGACAAAUUCAGGGAAAUCCUACACACUGCAUGGGAAUCCCAAUGCGCCAGGAAUAAUACCUCGCGGAUUAGAAUAUAUUUUCACAAAUAUAAGCCCAAAAGCUACACCUUGUUACAAACCGAUAAAUCAUUCCGACGUAAUUGCUCUCGAUGGUCCAGAGAGAGCAAUGGAAUUGGAAAUCAAGAUGAACUUGCUUUCAUUUAUAGAUAAAAGUGAGCACAUUGUUGCCUAUCAAAGAAUGCAGAAUUUACUCAGUGAAGAAUCUUCGAUCAGAACGAGCGAACCGACAGAUUCCUCAUACUCAGUCUGGGUUUCUUUCGCUGAAAUAUACAACGAAACUAUUUUCGAUCUUCUCUCAAACGACGUGCAAACUCGAAGACCUGCUUUAAAGCUCUCCACUGAUGCUCAAGGAAGAGCUUUCAUCAAAGGCCUCAAAACGAUUUGUGUUAAUUCUGGAUCUGAAGCCUACCAGGUUUUACUGGCUGGACAAUACAAUUUGAAAGUAGCAGCCACAGCCUUGAAUGCCAGAAGUUCCAGAUCUCAUUGUAUUUUCACUGUCACUUUACUCAAAUAUGACAGAGAAGAGUGUCCGGAUUCGGUAGAUGUUAGCACAUUUGCAUUUUGUGAUCUCGCCGGCUCUGAGCGUUUGAAAAAGACUCUAAAUGCAGGAGAUCGCCUCAAGGAGGCUCAGAAUAUUAACACAAGUUUACUCGUUUUGGGAAGGUGUUUAAAGUCAAUAUACGAAUCGCAGGCUUCGAAACAAAAGCAAAAUCUGGUUGGACCUUUCAGAGAAUCGAAACUAACGAGGCUUUUUCAAAAAGCCUUAUCCGGACAUGAAAAUAUUGCUCUGAUAGUGAAUGUGAAUCCUGUGCCAAAUUUGUACGUGGAGACACAAAAUGUCCUGAACUUUUCAGCAAUCGCCAAAAAAAUUGUUAUCGAACCGAAAAAGACGGUGCGAAAGAAAUCCUCCAGGUUCUCGAUGCUAGUCACGCAAAGCAUCAAAAGCGUAACGGAUUGGGACACCAUGGAUCUUGAUCAAAUCGAGGAGAUAGAAUCUGAAAGUGAUGCUGAAGGUGACAUGGUCCAUCGCGAAGAUUACGAAGAGAUCCUCAAUGACAACAUGAAACUGAAGCGAGAAAUCGCCCAGCUGAAGAACUCUGCUUUGGAGCGUGAUAUGCAAAUUCGGCAGGAAUUGGCCGACACUUAUGGUGAAAUGAUUCGUAAGAUUGAAGACGACUGGAGGAAUCGGGUCAAGGAUGUGGAGGAGCAACAGGAGGAUCAUCUGGAGUAUUCUCUCAAUCGUCUCGAGAGCUUCUACCAGGAAAAAAUAAAUCGGUUAAACAGUCGAAAGCGGAUGCACUCGGAUAUUGAGCGUGACGAUCCAGAGGACGAUGACAAGAAAAGUUACGAGGAACUUGAAGACGAGAUUGCAUAUCUCACGGCCAAGGUGAAAAAUAUGAAGGAGACAAUUCGCACUCUUCGGGAGCAGAAGGAGAAGGAAAUAGUCGAGAAGACCACAAUCUCUUUCGAAUUGAGUCUCGUCAAAGAGGAACUGAAGGAUGUUAAAAAUUUGUUGGAAUCUGCCAAUAGGGAUUUAAAAGUCGAGGGCGAUGAGAACUAUAUUCAGGAGUUGAAGGCACAAUUGCGGGCUGAGCAAGAAAAAAAUAAGCAAUUGAAAAUGUUCCUCAACGAGGCGAAGGAUGAGUACAUCUCGAUUACAACUGACGGUCGACACAUGGAAAAGAAAUUGAAGGAGAAGGAAGAGCUCCUGAUGGAAUUCGAAGAUCGAAUGCUGGAAAUGGAACAUCAAGUCGAGUCGAUGAAUCUCUGUUUAGCAGAGAAAGUGAAAAUUAUAGAGAAUUUGGAGGACAAGGUGGAAAAUCAGAAUAAAUUGAUAGCUGAUCUCGAAGAGGAUAUGAUGAAUAUGAAGGAGAAGCAGCGAGUUCAGAGGGAUGUUAUGCGAGCUGUUAAAGAAACUCAGACCACUGAGGUGUUGAGCUCGGCUGAAAAAAGUGAGGAAUCGAAGGCGGAAGUUAGAGAAGAAAGUUGCCAGACUUGUGUUCCCACUUUUUCUGAUUGUGAUGUACAAACUGAGGAUCUAGAAAUUAGGAAUGAGGAGACAGAAAUCAAAAAGGACACAGAAAUUAAGAAGGAGAGAAAUUCCUUCUUCGAGGAAAAAAGUUUGCAAACUUCUUUGCUAGAUAAUAGUCGGGUGGCAUUGGUUGAGAGGUUGGAGGAAAUUGAGAAAGAGUCUGCUCAAUUCGAGACGGAACGAGACGUUUUGAAAGAACUACUUUCAAAAAAGAACGAGGAAAUGACGAAACAGAUUCAAAAACUAGAAGAUACGAUUUCAAAGUGCCAUGAAGACCAUGAAGCGACGAAAAGUGAAAUGCAAAAUCUGUUGGCCAUUUCGAAAAGAAAAGACGAGUUCAAAUCAGAGGCAUUGGAAGAGUACAAAGAAAAGUUUGAAAAAAUGGAAAUGGAUUUGGAAAAAGCAGCAGAUUUGCAGAAAAAACUGAAAAAGAUGAACGUUCUUCUCGAGCAGCGCGAAUCGGAGAACCAAGAUUUGCAGAGUAGGAUGGAGGAGGUUGAGAAAAAGUGCAAAAACCUUGAGGGUCAAUUGGAAAAGGUGGCGAAAGACAAAGAAAUAGAGGUUGUGACUCUUCAGAAAGAGAUCAAAGAGCUCAUACAGGCGAAAACUUCUCACGAAGAGUCUCUAGAAAAAGAAGCUGAAAAACAAAUCAAAGCGACUCUAAAAACGCUCGCUGCCACGGAAUUUGCCCUUUCCGACGAGAAGGAAAAUAACAAAAGAUUACAAAGACAGAAGGAGAGGUUGGAGAAAGACAUGUUAGCAUGCAAGACGACAAUCGAUAGUUUGACUGUAUUAGAGGAGAGAGAUCGUCAGUUGCAACAGGAAAAUUUAAACCUGAAGGAAGAUUACAACACUAUCCAGAAUGAGCUUCAACAGAAACAAGUUGAAUUCGAGAAAUUUUCGAAAAACAGAGAUGAGACUGUUAAGAGAUACGAAAAUUUGGUGAAUACUCUGCAGGAGGAUAUCGACAGGGAAAAGAAAGAGGUGACCAGACUUCAAGAAUUGUUCAAAGGACAUGCGACAUCGACGCCAAAGGAUGAAGUUCACAGAUUGAAAUUGCAGUUAGAACUAGCUCAGGAUCAACUCAGGACCCUUGAAGAAGAGAAAGAGAACGAAAAACUGACCGUUUUGAGCAAGUGUCGGAAAACGAGACAACGGAAAAACAAAGAAGUUUGUGAUAACACUUCUGAAGAAGAAGCCCCUUAUUCAGAACGUCGACGAAGAUCUCCUCGCUCACGAAAAUGUUCUCCAACUCACUCGAAGGAAGGUUCCAUUAUAGAACUCUCUAGCACAGAAUCGAAGAGAGCAUUGAGAUUGAAAGCAGAAUUCCCAGCUCCAGAUAUCCAGUCACUAGCAUCACAAAGGAAGAGGACUACUAACAGAAGAAAAAAGUUGUUCGUUCCAGACAACGAAACUUGUGUAGAUUUCGAACCGUGUGAUGCUCCAAAUCUUGCACCUACUCCAUCGCCACUUACUGCACUCAGGAGUUUGAGGGCUCGAAAAAAGUAAUCUCAAUCUUGUACAGACAACGUAUGUUAUACAGAAGAAAGCGGAAAUGAUUGUACUUUUUUUGUUAUAUUUUUAUAAUGCGCUUGAUAUUUAAUUAGGAUAAAUUGUGAUUCGAUUAUUUUUAGACUUUGCCCAUUUUUUUAGUGUAGGCAAUGUUCAGUCCUAUUAUUUCUAGUUUUAAGGGGUGAAUAAAGAUUCUUUUGCUACA